CUAUGUCCAAAGUUCCUCCACACAAACUCCACCAGCCACACCUGGCCCUUCAGCGCCAUCGCUGAACUAAUAGUUCGUUCAGCUUUUUGUGAUUUCGGGACCAACCCCCGGUAGGCGUCAACAUUUGCAGCCGUCUCUAGAUGACGAAUUGAUUUGCAGUCAAUAUGCAAAUGAAGGCUGUCACUUUGUUCAGAGACAAUGCCUAUGAUCCUGAUGUUAACGCCAAGCAGUUCUGGAUUGAUAAGACCCAGAUCAAAGACCAAGACUGCCUCAUCUUCAUGGACAAUGGAAAUGGAUUGGACUAUGAAAAGAUGCACAAGAUGCUCAGUUUCGGUUACAGUGAUAAGAGAGUCAUAAAUGGCAAAUACCCGAUUGGUCUCUAUGGUAACGGCUUCAAGUCCGGGUCCAUGCGUCUGGGGAAAGAUGCCAUUGUGUUCUCCAAGUCGCAAGACGGAGACACCAUGCAAGUAGGCAUGCUCUCCCAGAGCUACUUGGCACAGAUCAAAGCAGACGAGAUCAUUGUGCCCAUCAUCUCCUUCCAAUGUGUCCCACACAGCCAGUAUAAGUUCUAUGUGAAUGAGAAGCACAAGGCUAGUCUGCAGGACAUCCUGCGCUACUCUAUCUUUAAUACUGAGAACGAGCUGCUCGAGGAGCUCAAAGCCAUCAGCUCCACAGGCUCCUCGGGAACACGCAUUAUCGUCUGGAACCUGCGCAGGACGAUAACAGGUCCGACAGAAUUUGAUUUCACGACAUUCAGCGACGACAUCAAAAUCCCAUUGGAUGUAUUGGACCACCAAUACAGCACCAGUGAGCAAUACAGACAGUCAGAGCUGCUCACAAAACCAGAGAGUUACUACUCACUACGUGCAUACUGCAGUAUUCUGUACCUGAAGCCCCGGAUGCAGAUCAUAAUUCGAGGUCAGAAAGUGAAGACUGAGCUCAUCUCCAAGAGCCUGGCUUACAUUGCUAAGGACCAUUACAAGCCCAACUUUGUGAACAGACGCAUCCCCGUGACCUUUGGGUACAACACCAAGAGCAAGGACCAAUACGGCAUCAUGAUGUACCACAAAAACCGCCUUAUCAAAGCCUAUGAGCGAGUGGGCGUUCAACUCAAGGCCAACAUCCAAGGUCUCGGGGUCAUUGGGGUCAUCGAGUGUAACUUUCUGGAGCCCACCCACAACAAGCAGGAUUUUGACAAUACUGACAAAUACAGGAAAACCAUCAACAACUUGGGGUUAAAGCUGGAGGACUACUGGAAAGAGAUACGCUUUAAGAGAAACAAAGAAGAUCCUAGCAGCACCACACCAGUGGAAGACACCAUGAAACGUCCAGACCAGAACUGGGUGCAGUGUGACACCUGCCUGCGCUGGAGGAAGCUGCCAGAUGGAAUUGAUUGCAAACGGCUCCCAAAGGAGUGGUUCUGCCACAUGAACCCUGACCCCCAGUUCAGGAGCUGCACGGUAGAGGAAGAGCCUGAAGACUCCGAUGACCAACCUUCAUACCAGAAAACCCACAAGCAACAUGAAAGGAACACCAAAAUGAAGCCGGAUAAGAAACAACAACAGAAUGAAGAUGAGCAGAAGCCAGAGCAGAUGCAGAUUAAGGCGCUGGCUCAGAAGAACAAGACUCUGAAGCACCAGAGGAUCUCUUGCCUCACCAAAGCAUCCCCGUCAACCCCUCCAGCCCCGUCAACCCCUCCAGCCCCGUCAACCCCUCCAGCCCCGUCAACCUCUACGGCCGCGUCAACCCCUUCAAACCCAAGAAUGAAGAGAACCCUGGCCAUGACCCCUGAAAGGGAGACAAAAAGACCCAGGUUGAAUGGUUUCCACAACACCCCCAUGGAGACUGUAUCACCAGCUGCAGAAACAACCAUGUCAUCCACGUUAGUCGUCAUCCCUGUUGACGAUGACGACGAUAACAUCAUGGAUGAUGAGGACAUUAUGAUCUUGGAGAUCAACAGCACCCCUAUUCAAAAGAAGGCAACCUUUGACCUUGCCAUGGUAAAAUCAGAGCGCAGGGCCAUGGAGACACCUUCUGGCACUGGCAACGUUAAAACUAGCUGCACAGGAACAAGCUCUGUGGAGACGGGAACUGCGGCGACCAGCUACUCCCCUCCACCACCUUCCUCAGAGCAGGUGAGCAUCACCACCCAGACAAAGAUAUGGAGCACAGUGAAGGACGAAGAUGAGGAGCACAAGGAGGAAAAAGGGAGGGACAGAACCGAACCAGGCCCUUCCACACCAAACCCACCCUCUGCUGGCCCAUCCACACCAGGCCCAUCCUCUUCUGGUCCAUCCGCCCCAGACCCAUCAGACCAUCCUAUGAUUGACUUACGUAACCUGUCAGUGGCCCAGGAGCAGCAGGACCAGCUGCUGGAGCUCAUGCAGGCUGCAGCCCACGAGAGGGACCAGUUCAAGGAGCAAGUCAUCAAGUUGACCUCCCAGCUCCAUAACCUGGAGGGCAACAUGCAGGAGCUCUCCCAGGCCACUGUGAAGGGAGAGCACUGCCACCAGGCCUGUCAGACUGGAGAAGGAGGGGAAGAAGGAGAGCAGUCGGAGAGGAUUAAGGUUGAGAUUAUAGAGGAGGAGAGGGGCAACCUCUGGUCUCUUUGUGAGACGCUGCAGCAGGACGUGGUGGAGCUGAGGAGGGAGAAACAAGAGUGGGAGCGAGAGAAACAGGAGAGAGAUAAACAAGAGAAAGAGAAACAGCUGAGAGAGAAACAGGAGAGUGAGGGAGCUCAGACAUCAGCUGACCAGGCAGAGAGACUGAGGGAGCUUCGGAGGAGCAUUGGCCGUCUCCUGGUCACAUUUGUCCCAGCGCUGGACCUCGAACAAGUAAACUAUGACUGUUCAGUCAUUGACGAGAUCCUCGACCAGGUUCUUACUGACGUGGAGUCCAUGGGGCCUGUGUAGGGGCCUGUGGGCGGGAUAUGGAUGGAGGGGUUGUCAUCCAUCUUACUCUGUAAGGUGAGGCAAACCUGGGGAUAGUCACAGAUGAUUCCUGCCUAUCCCUUUUUACACUAUUUAAACUUGUUUUAUAGGGAUUUCUUUUACAAAAAAAUUAUUAAAAAUAAUAAACAUACCUUAUUUACAUAAGUAUUCAGACCCUUUGUUAUGAGACUCGAAA